CCUCGCAUGGUGGAGGGUCUGAUGUCCCACCACUGCUCCCAGGUGGCGGCAGCUAAAGACCACACGGUGGUUCUGACAGAGGAAGGCUACGUUUACACGUUUGGCCUCAACUCCUUCCACCAGCUGGGUCUGGCUCCCCCUCCUGCCUCAGCUCAUGUCCCCAAACAGGUGUUCUCCAAGACGCUGAGAGGCAGGACCGUGAUUGGAGUCGCAGCAGGAAGGUUCCACACAGUGCUGUGGACCAGGGAGGCUGUCUACACAAUGGGACUCAAUGGAGGCCAGCUGGGUAAGUCUCAACAGUGAAAUGUCAGCAAAUCC